CCUCUGGGAUGGCAGACACUUGGCUGGCCCGAGCAGUGAGAGGGCGGGGUGAGGCGCUGGUUCCCGGGCGGUCCUCUCCGCCUCCUGUUACGGUUUGAGGCGCACGGGUCGGCGCUCUUUCUGAGAGCCCGCUGCGCGUCAGGCCCCGCGUCGGUCUAUUCGGGUGAACAAACAAGCUCCUGUCUCCGGGGUUCGCAUCUUAGGAAGGAAGUCACGAGCGCGAUGAGACUCAGGAGGACCCCUCACUGGAGAGGCAUUUUAAGGGCCACCGAGAUGCAGUUACCUGUGUGGACUUCAGCGUCAACAUGAAGCAGCUGGCCAGUGGCUCCAUGGACUCGUGCCUCAUGAUCUGGCACAUGAAGCCCCAGUCACGUGCUUACCGCUUCACGGGCCAUAAGGAUGCCAUCACCUGUGUGAACUUCUCCCCCUCUGGACAUCUGCUUGCCUCAGGAUCCCGUGACAAGACUGUUCGCAUCUGGGUGCCCAAUGUUAAAGGUGAGUCCACUAUGUUUCGUGCACAUUCAGCCACGGUGAGAAGUGUCCACUUCUGCAGUGAUGGCCAGUCCCUUGUGACAGCCUCUGAUGACAAGACAGUCAAGGUGUGGUCAACUCAUCGCCAGAGAUUCCUGUUCUCCCUGAACCAGCACAUCAAUUGGGUCCGCUGUGCCAAAUUCUCCCCUGAUGGGAGGCUCAUCGUGUCUGCAAGUGAUGACAAGACUGUCAAGCUGUGGGACAAGACCAGCCGGGAGUGUGUUUACUCAUACUGUGAGCAUGGCAGCUUUGUCACCUAUGUGGACUUCCACCCUAGUGGUACAUGCAUUGCUGCCGCUGGCAUGGAUAACACAGUGAAGGUAUGGGAUGUGCGGACUCACCGACUGUUACAGCAUUAUCAGUUACACAGUGCAGCGGUGAAUGCCCUCUCUUUCCACCCAUCGGGAAACUACCUGAUCACAGCCUCCAGUGACUCAACCCUGAAGAUCCUGGACCUGAUGGAGGGCCGGCUACUCUACACACUCCAUGGGCAUCAGGGACCUGCCACCACUGUUGCCUUUUCAAGAACAGGGGAGUAUUUUGCUUCUGGAGGCUCUGAUGAACAGGUGAUGGUUUGGAAGAGUAACUUUGAUAAUGUUGAUUAUGGAGAAGUCAUAAAAGUACAGCGGCCCCCAUCCACCUUGGCUACCUCCACUGGGAAUCUGCCAGAAGUGGAUUUCCCUAUCCCACCGGGCAGAGGCAGGAGUUUAGAGUCCGUGCAGAGCCAGCCCCAGGAGUCCAUCAGCAUGCCCCAGACACUGACCAGCACACUGGAGCACAUCGUGAGCCAGCUGGAUGUCCUCACUCAGACAGUGUCCAUCCUGGAGCAGCGGUUGACAUUGACAGAAGACAAGCUGAAGCAGUGUCUGGAGAACCAGCAGCUAAUCAUGCAGAGAGCAACACCAUGAUCAGGGGAGCAAGAAUCAGGAGCUUGGUCGAUUUGGGGGGUGGCAGGCCAGGGGUUUGUACUGCAGGACUUGGGUAAUAAAUAAAGGGAUUCAGCUCUGUGGGAAUUACGUCCUUACCAAGCCCAGGAAUUGUGCAGUUCUGCCUUCUACCUUGCUAUCUGCAUCAGGAGGCUCUUCUGGCAGUGGGAGGCCCCAAGUGGGUGGGGCCCACAAGAAAAUGCUUGAGUCUCACUGGCAGGACCACAUUUAGUUUAACCUGAAGGAACCACUUGAUACUUCUGGUGUCUCUGAGUCUUAAGAUUGUGGGCUGUCCCUCUGGAGAACCUUGCUUUUCACUCCAUUACUUUCAGCCAUGUGACUGGCUUUUCCCAUUCCAUCCAUGACUUAGAAUUUGACUGCUCAGCCAGACACUGUAACCCAGGCAGAAGGAUUGCAAGUUCAAGGCCAGCCUGGGCAACUUAGCGAGACCCUGUCUAAAAAUAUAAAAUGGGCUGGGGAUGUGGUAAAGUGCCACUGGGUUCAAGUUCUAGUACCAAAAAGAAAAGACUGCUCAUUGGUUGGAUGAACCAGGCCCAAAGCAGGCCCAUCUGAGUCAAGUCUAUUUAGGAACAAACUCUGUGGAAUGGGGGUAUUGGCUUUGCAAUGACAUUGAUUUCUGUUCCACAUAUGCUCACUUGGGCCUGGUGGCUUCCUCCUCUCUCUGCUCAUGACAACAAAGGAAUCUGGAAAUUAAAACUGACUUUAUUGA